AUGGCUGCUAUCAACAAGAUCGCCCCCAACUCGCCGUCGAGGCAGAACCCCUCCGAGCUGGAGACCGCGAUCGCCGGCGCUCUCUUCGACUUGGAGAGCAACACACAGGACCUGAAGGCCACCCUCCGCCCCCUUCAGUUCGCGUCUGCUCGUGAGGUUGAGGUCGGCCACGGUAAGAAGGCCGUCAUCAUCUUCGUCCCUGUCCCUCUCCUCCAGGGCUUCCACAAGAUCCAGCAGCGUCUGACCCGUGAACUCGAGAAGAAGUUCUCCGACCGUCACGUCCUCUUCGUUGCUCAGCGCCGCAUCCUCCCCCGCCCCAAGCGCUCUGUCAACUCCCGCACCAACCAGAAGCAGAAGCGUCCUCGUUCCCGCACUCUGACCGCUGUGCACGACGCCAUCCUCACCGACCUUGUCUACCCCGUUGAGAUUGUCGGCAAGCGCAUCCGCACCAAGGAGGACGGCAGCAAGACCCUCAAGGUUGUCCUUGACGAGAAGGAGCGCGGCGGUGUCGACCACAGACUCGAUGCCUACGGCGAGGUCUACCGUCGUUUGACCGGCCGGGCUGUGGUUUUCGAGUUCCCUCAGAGCGGUGCUGCUGCUGAGUUCUAGAUGACUUCUUCUCCUUCCCCCCCUUUUUUUAAUUUUUUUUUUCUCUCUUC